AAUCUUUAUAGAAUCUUCCUCAGAUACAGGAGGUCUAAGGAUUGUUCUCAUGGGGAAGACUGGAGUGGGGAAGAGUGCUACAGGAAACACCAUCCUGCAGAAAGAGGUUUUCAAAGAGUUACUUUCCUCUAAGUCAGUUACCAGCGUCUGUCAGAAAGAAUCAGCUGAAGUCAGACGGAGACGGGUCACUGUGAUCGACACUCCAGGACUGUUUGAUACGAGUAUUUCUAAUAAAGAAAUCAUAAAGGAAAUCGCUAAGUGUAUCACCAUGGCUGCACCAGGUCCACACGUCUUUCUGCUGGUGCUGACAGUGGGACGCUUCACACAAGAGGAGCAGGAAGCAGUGAAGAUGAUCCAAGAUCUGUUUGGUGAAGAAUCCAGAAGAUACACCAUGGUGCUCUUCACCAGAGGAGAUGAUCUGAGGAAAAUGAGCAUUGAAGAUUAUAUUAAAGAUUCUGAUCAGAGCUUACAAAACAUCAUUAACCAGUGUGGAAACAGAUACCACGUGUUCAACAACACAAAUCCUGAAGACCAAACCCAGGUCACUGAUCUACUGGAGAAGAUCGACUCCAUGGUGGCAGUGAAUGGAGGGAGCUGCUACACUAAUGAGAUGUUCCAGAACACAGAGAAAGCUCUACAAGAAGAACAGGAGAGAAUCCUGAAGGAGAAGAAGGAGGAGAUAGAGAGAGAGAAAGAAGAACUGAGAGCCAAACAUGAAGCUGAACUGGAGAAACUGAAGAAGAUCGUGGAGAAAGAAUGGCAAAAUGUGGAAAAUGAGAAAAAAUACAAGAGGAAGAGUUUCAGAAAAAAGAAGCUCAAAUAAAGAAGGAUACGAAUGAGGAGCGAAAGAAAGAGUUGGAUGAAAAACUCAAAGAACAGAGAAAGACUUUCAAAAAGGAGAUGGAAAAGAAAGAGCAGACUAAUAAAAAACAGUUGAAGAACGAUCUGCAAUAUCAGAAAGAUAAAUAUGAGAGAGAGAAAGAAAACAUAAAGAAGCAGGCGGAGGAGAAGGCGAGAUGACAAGCAGAAGAGGAAUUCUGCGCUAAACUGGAAAAAGAAACAAAGAGAAGUAUAGGAGCACUAAUAGGAUCUGUAUUUGGACCAUUAGGUGCAAUAAUUGGAGCAUCAAUAGGGAAAACA